AUGAAGGAAGAAGCAGUCCUCGACAUGCCUGCCUCGGAGACAACUCCGCUUCUUGUCGUCCAGACUGCUCCCCGGCGUCAGCGCUACCCUCACCAUGUUCUACGCCGCACCUGCACUGUGAUUCUUGGUGUUGUGCUUGCUGUUGCAUUGACUUUGUUUGUUUUGCCGAUUCGACUUGUGUCGCGCAACGACGGCUCUCUUUCGGUCAACGUUCCAUGGUCCAAGUCGGACUCCGAGUCAUGGCCCCACGGAGACGGUCUCACUUAUAAAGAGCUGCAAGCAAUUCUACAAGAGACGCCCAUAGCAGGAAAGAUCGAAGAGUGGAGCAAAUAUUACACUGCAGGACCGCAUUUAGCAGGAGCCAACUUCUCUCAGGUGCUUUGGACACAAGAGAAAUGGAAGGAAUUCGGUGUCGAUGACACCACCAUUGCGACCUACGAUGUUUACAUCAACUAUCCGCUAGACCACCGUCUCGCCCUGCUGAAAAAGAAGGGUGCUGACGACUAUGAUAUUGCCUUUGAGGCAACCUUGGAAGAGGAUGUCUUGGAAGAAGAUAGCACAAGCGGCUUGCCAGACCGUGUCCCUACUUUCCAUGGUUACUCGGCUACCGGAAACGUCACUGCUCCGUUUGUUUAUGCCAAUUUUGGCACAUACGAAGACUAUCAGGAUCUGAUUGAUGCGGGCAUCUCCGUUGAGGGCAAGAUUGUCAUUGUCAAGUAUGGAGGUCUCUUCCGUGGCCUGAAGGUGAAACGUGCGCAAGACUUGGGCGCCGUAGGAGUAAUCAUCUACUCGGACCCUCAGGAGGACGGCGAUGUUACGGAGUUGAACGGGUACGAAGCAUACCCUGCUGGACCCGCUCGGAAUCCAAGUGCGGUUCAAAGAGGCAGUGUUCAAUUUCUCAGUGUUGCACCAGGUGACCCAACCACUCCUGGCUACGCAUCGAAGCCUGGCGUUGAUCGACAAUCUCCGGAGCAUUCUAUUCCAACGAUCCCCUCUCUACCGAUAUCGUACACUGAGGCGCUACCACUUCUUAAAGCUCUCAAUGGACAUGGUCCAAAGGCUUCUGAAUUCAAUAAGUACUGGCAAGGAGGGGGUCUCGCUCACAAGGGUGUUGAAUACAACAUUGGUCCGACACCCGAUGAUAUAGUGAUCAACCUCUAUAAUCAGCAAGAUUAUGUUACAACACCUCUCUGGAACGUGAUCGGGGUCAUCAAGGGCACUAUUCCAGAUGAGGUAGUUAUCCUAGGUAACCACCGCGACGCUUGGGUUGCAGGUGGCGCCGGUGAUCCUAACAGUGGCUCGGCGGCUCUCAACGAGGUGGUGAGAAGUUUUGGAGAGGCUCUUAAGACCGGAUGGAAGCCCCUCCGAACCAUUGUUUUUGCUAGCUGGGAUGGUGAAGAGUAUGGGUUGGUCGGAUCUACUGAAUGGGUCGAGGAGAACCUGCCGUGGCUCACUGUCGCAAAUGCCGUAUACAUCAAUGUCGACGCAGCAGCAACCGGUCCGUCAUUGAGCGUGAGCGCUAGUCCCCUUCUCAAUAAGGCGUUCUACGAAAUUACGAGCAUAGUCCAAUCGCCAAACCAGACAAUCAAGGGCCAGACGGUCCGAGACACAUGGGAUGGGCGCAUUUCCUCACUUGGUAGCGGAAGCGACUAUACAGCUUUCCAAGAGUUUGCCGGAGUUCCCAGUGUAUCCUUUGGAUUCAGCGGAGGCAAAUCCGAUCCGGUAUAUCACUAUCAUUCGAACUACGACAGCUUCGACUGGAUGAGGCGCUUUGGUGACCCUGGCUGGCACUACCACGUCACCACCGCCAAGCUAUUCUCCUUACUGGGAGCUUACUUUUCAGAAAAGCCGAUUUUGGGUUUUAACGCUACAGACUAUGCGACACAUCUUCAGCAGUAUGUUGAUCACAUCAGACCACACGCAGACAAGCUUCCCGAACAGACUCAUUUCAGUUUCGGUCCACUGGAGAGAUCCAUCUCUCAUCUCCACGCUGCGGCGGUUGAUUUCGAUGCCUAUGCUGCGGACCUUGGAUCCCAACUGAGCGAGGACGUACCUUGGUACCACUGGUGGAAAAAGCUGCAGCUAUUCUAUAAGAUUCGCGGUGUCAACACUAAAUACAAAAAUUUUGAACGGAAAUACUUGUAUGAAGAUGGCCUGGAUGGACGGAGCUGGUUCAAGCACGUUGUCUUUGCUCCUGGUCUCUGGACGGGUUACGCUGGAGCGACCUACCCAGGAUUGGUAGAGAGUUUGGAUGCGGGCAAUGUCACGAACGCCGUGAGAUGGAGCGAAAUCAUUCAAGAGCGAAUUCACGAGGCGACCAAGUUGCUUGAAUAA